GGCGCUUAAACCCCCCGACCUUCCGAUCAGUGAUCCAGUAACCCACAGCCUUAACCGAUUGAGCCACCACUUCCCCCAAAUGUAAGGACAAUCAGGCCCUGGAGCUCGGUGAUCAGGAUAGUGGCAUUCCACCAUGACCAGAUCAACCGUCAUUCUUGUUGAUGCCCUGGAUGAAUUAAAAGAGGAUGAGUUUGAGAGAUUUGUGUUUUUUCUUGCUCAAAGUCCACCAGUUGGUUUCGAAAGAAUUCCCAGGGGAAAGCUGGACAAAAAGUCAAGAGAGAAAGUGAUUGAUGAACUAAUAAUGAAUUACAAGGAGGACAAUGCUCUUUUGGUCACUAUAGGCAUUUUGAAAGAAAUGAAGAAGAACCAGCUCGCAAGUGUAAUAGAAGAGCAAAUGAAACAAAAACGGAAAAUGUCUGAUCCAAACACUGUGCCUAUAAAGAAGCAGAAACUGGCCAAUGCACCGAAUCAAUCGUGUCCACCCGACAAACUGAAAAACACAACAGACAAAGGAAUAGAGCAAGAUCUUCACAGUCUCAUGACAAAACAUAAAAACUGGCUAAAAAUGAAACAUCAUUUCAUAAUUGAAGAGACUGCUAAAGAUAAGAAAAAGAUUCCACUCAAUGGCAUAUACACAGAUCUUAUAAUUACAAAAGGAGAGAGUGAAGCUCGUGAUAAUGAGCAUGAGAUUUUGAUGAAUGAGAAUUCACAAUUUUUAUAUGAGACCAAAAUCAACUGCAAUGACAUCUUUGGUCCGAACGAAGAAGAAAUCAAGACGGUUCUUACGAAAGGUGUCGCUGGCAUUGGAAAAACAGUCAGUGUGCAGAAAUUCAUCCUUGACUGGGCUGAGAAUAAAGCCAAUCAGGACAUAAUGUUUCUGUUUGUACUUCCGUUUCGUCAGCUAAACCUGAUUAAGUCUAAACCUGAUGAUGGUUUGAGUCUUCAUGAACUUUUGGUCCACUUUCAUCCCGCACUUAAAGGCUGUCACUCAGAGAAGUACGUCGACAAGAAAAUCUUAUUCAUAUUUGAUGGCCUAGAGGAGAGCAGAAUUGAAAUGAGCUUUAGACAAGCUCCUGAUAUCUAUGAUGUUAACGCUAAAUCCACAGUGGAAGCUUUAAUUAUAAACAUCAUCAACAGAAAUUUAUUACCUUCUGCUCUUAUAUGGAUAACGUCUCGACCAGCAGCAGCCAAUCAGAUACCAUCCCAGCACAUUGACCUAGUGACAGAAAUUCAGGGAUUCAGUGACUCCCAAAAGGAGGAGUACUUUAGAAAGAGAGUUGCUGAUGACCAAGCCAACAGAAUCAUCUCACACAUUCGAACAGCAAGGAGUCUUUACAUUAUGUGCCACAUUCCGGUCUUUUGUUGGAUUUCGGUUACAGCUCUUCAGCCUUGGCUUACCCGCAAGUGCAAAGAAGAAAUCCCUACAACUCUGACUGAAAUGUACUCUCACUUUUUACUUGUUCAGAUGAACAGGAAGAAUGAAAAGUUUGAUGAGAACCCUGAAAUGGAUUCACAGUCACUGCUUGAGUCCAACAAAAAAAUGAUCCUGAAACUUGCUGAGUUGGCAUUCAAACAGCUGCAAAAAGGCAACGUCCUCUUUUAUGAAACAGACCUAAACGAGUGUGGAAUCGAUGUCCAAGAAUCAUUUUUAUACUCUGGACUUUGCACUGAAAUCUUUAAAAUGGAAUCUGCUUUUUACCGUAGAAAGGUCUACUGCUUUGUGCACUUGAGCUUUCAAGAAUUUUUUGCUGCUCUCCAUGUGUUCUAUUGUUACUUAAGCAAGAACAUUGAGGAAGUGAAGAUGUUUCUUCCAAAGACCAAGGCCAAGACUUCAGAAAUACAUUUGGAUGUCCUAAUGAAGCAUGCAGUGGAUGAGGCCUUGAAGAGCAAGAAUGGACAUCUUGAUCUUUUCCUCCGUUUUCUUCAUGGCAUGUCAUUGGAAUCCAACCAGAGACUCCUGCAAGGUGUACUGCCCCAAUCCAAGAGCAGCUCUGAAAGCAUCAAGAAAAUAAAACAGACUCUGAAGCGUGGACAAAAAAAGAACAUUAACCCUGAGCGCUGGUUGAAUCUUUCACACUGUUUAAUAGAAAUGAAGGAUGACACACUACAGCAAGAAAUUCAGACUUACCUUAAGUCAAAAAAUAAAUCCAAAAAGCUCACUCUUGCACACUGUUCUGCAAUGGCUAACAUGUUUCAAGUUUCAGAGGAGGUGAUGGAUGAAUUGGAUCUGAAAAAGUACAAUACAACAGAAGAGGGACGUAGAAGACUCAUCCCAGCUUUAAGGAACUGCAAAAAGGCAAUCCUGGCAGACUGCAACCUUAGCGAGAAGUCCUGUGAAAAUAUUGCAUCAGCCUUACAGUCAGCAAAUUCACCCCUGAUAGAGCUGGACCUGAGCAACAAUGAUCUACAGGAUGAGGGACUGAAACUGCUCUACGAAGGCCUGAAGAGUACAAAUUGUAAAUUACGGAUACUUUGUCUCUCCAACUGUAAGCUGACCAAAUUUUCAUGUGAAGUUGUUGCUUCAGCUCUAAAAUUAAGAAAGUCAUCUCUGAGAAAUCUGGACCUAAGCCACAAUGACCUGCAAAAGGGAAUAAAUCAGCUGUGUAUUGCACUAAAGAACCAAAACUGUAAACUGGACACAUUAAGGAUCUCAGAUAGUAAACUCACUGUAGAAUCCUGCCAAUACAUUGGUCCAGCUAUAGCAAAGUCACCUCUGAGAGAACUGGAUCUGAGUUGCAAUAACCUGGGAGACGCUGGAAUGAACCUGCUCUCUGAUGGACUGAGAAGUUUAAAAUGUAAACUGAACAUACUGAAACUUUCAGACUGUAAACUCACUGAGCAGUCUUGUACAGACAUCUAUUCAUUUCUGCAUAAAUCAAACUCAUCCCUGAGAGAGCUGGACCUAAGUGAUAACGACCUGCUGGACUCUGGUGUAAAAACACUGUCUGCUGGAUUUAAGAGUUCAGGAUGUGUUUUGGAAAUACUGAGGCUGUCUGGCUGUUGUCUCACCGCAAGAAGCUGCUCUUCACUCACUUCAGCUCUGGAGUCAAACCCUACACAUCUCACAGAGCUUGACUUAAGCUACAAUCAUCUAGGUUUGGAUUCAGAAUGGGAACAACUUUUAUCAAUGAAGAGAAGUUCAGUCUAUAAACUGGAGACCAUUAAAAUGGACCAAAGAGGGGAGCUAAGAAAAGCACCAGGACUCAAGAAGUAUGCCUGCAAGCUGACACUGGACCCGAGCACAGCCCACACGCGCCUCUCGCUGACCACUGAUAACACCAGGAUGACGCUCAUGAGAGAAGAUCAGCCAUGUCAAAACUCCAGACAGAGAUUUCAGUACGCAACACAGGUGUUGUGUAGAGAGAGUCUGUCUGGACGUUGUUACUGGGAGGUUGAGUGGCAUCAGGGGGCCUCCAUCGCUGUGGCGUACAAAUCUAUCAGCAAGAAGGGACGCAGAAAUGACUGCUUGUUCGGACAUUCCAAAAAGUCCUGGAGCCUGGAGUUCGAGAAUGAUUACAGUUGCUCAGUAGUGCACAAUAACAAGAGCACGGUCAGAUCACAUCUUGAGUGUAACAGAGUAGGAGUGUAUGUCGACUGCCCAGCUGGAAUUCUCUCCUUUUACGCCAUCUCUGCAGAAACUCUGACACUCAUACACACAUUUCGCACAGUGUUUAUUGAACCACUUUUUGCAGGAUUUGGACUCAAGGAUGGGCAUGCCUCCAUCUCUCUCAUCCAUCCAUGAAGCUAAAAUUAAAAUAAAUUGCCACUUAAUAUAUUUUAUAUAAAUAGA